AUGUAUGAAAAAUGUCCUUCUCACAUGCAAUGCUAUACCAUUAGAAAUCAAGGCAUAGUGACACACAAGGGUUGCGCAUCGAAUUGUGCCUCUGUACCGUAUGCAGUUUCAGCAGCACACUGUACGAUGUGUCACCACCGCGACUAUUGCAAUGAUGAGCCAUCACUACCAAUUGGACAAGGCGCGAUCCCUGACUACCAGAAUGGUGGAGAUGGCCAUCAUCACCGACAUCAUCAUAUUGGGGAAGGAGUGAGAGUUGGCUCAUCUGCGGCAGUGAGUUCCUUUGUAACGGGAUUGCUGGCACUGCUUCUGGCACGUUGA